AUGCACCAUCGGACCAAUCGAAAUGAUCUACAUUUUCACCAAGACGAGGAUGAGGAUGAUGACUUCUCCUCUGACGAAGAAUCCGUCACAGAAGAUUUGUAUUACAACAACAGAUCCAGGACCCAGGGAAAUCAGAGUGGAGUGGAGUAUUUCACAAACAGUACCGGGUUUGAGAUCAAUGGAGGGGAUUUCUCUGCAGUCAGUGGAAAUGCCUACUAUAUCAGGUCACCACCUUCGUCGGGCUUGCCACCAAGCCCUAUGCCACAAAGGCCUGGUACAAGACCGAUACAAUCGUCGUCGGUAAAAUAUUUUGAAGGCGCAAGCAACUUCAAGAUAACCAAUGGAAAUUUUCAAGCUAUUGGUGGUGAUCUAUAUGAUUAUUCUUCAGGAUCACAGUCAAGCUCGCCAUCACAGGGUGUGCCCCCGAGAGAUGGAGGUCUACGCCCACAAACAAAUGAAAGCUUUAGGAUACCAAGGAGUCCCAUACCAUCGCAUACUGUGACCAGUGGAUCUUCUGGAGCAUUACGACCACCGUCAACAGCACAACGCCCAUCGGAUAUUGGGAUGGGCACCGAGUUUACAAAUGGAAAAGGUUCUCACUCACCUAAGUGGAAGAACGACACAUCCCCAGCUUUCAGCGAUGAAUCGCUGCUUCGAAUAUCACAAGAACGCGCAAUACGUUAUCCUUCUCCAGGAAUGCCUGCUCCGGAAGCUUCAGACGAGUUCAGUAUGGAACUUGUUGUGGACAGCCUUGAGGGUGGACAACACAACACAUCUUUUACAAACAACCAGCAUUCAGGGAGAAUAUAUGGUGACUUCAGUCAGACAGCCACCUCAACAACGGUGAUUGGGGCCAUCCACGGAGGAGCCUCGACUUCAUCGGCACCAAAUUUGUUGACAGCAGCGAACAUGCCUAGCUCCCCUUCCAUUAUGCUGCAGAAUAAUACUAUGUGUGCUGAUGCCCCUUCCAGUUUUUCACAAGAGGAUCUUAACCCACCUACCGUCCUGGGCCCCGGUCCCAAUCGGGAUGCCUCAUCUGAAGAAUUGGAUACUCAGCAAGGGGAUAACCCACAUUCCCGUACCUCUACUGAAAUUCAGAACAUGUCUACAUCUUCAGGCACAGUUCGAGGGAAGAGCAAAGGACUGGUACAUCGGGUUUUCAAAAAAGUUGGGAAGAAGGGUAAGAUAAUGGGUGAUAAUUAG